AUCUCGAUAUAUCGAUAUAGAAUCAACAAUUAUAAUCGAUACGACUAUCGACUGCUUUGAGAAUUUGGUUUGGUUUUAUUUACUAAUAACAAUUAUUAAAAGAUGGGUCGCAACAAGGCCAAUAACAAGAAGGUGGCGCCUGCAGCGAAGCCGAAGACACAGCUAAACAAAUCAAAGAAGGCCAAGAAUGUGUUUAAAGUGGCCGACAACAGGAAGGGCAAGGGCAAAAAGCCCAAAGAAGUUCAGGGCAAGCUGAAGCAGAUCAAAGAAUCUGUCAAGGCCAAGCAGGAGAAGGUGGAUGCCACUCUCAAGACAUUGCAUAAGGACAUGGUGGUCAAGAAGCCGAAGCCAGCCGUGUCCCCCCUCAAGAACAAACGGAAGCCAGCUGCCAACACCGAGAAGGUCUCUGACACUUUGGGCAAGCUGAAGUUCUAACUGAAGACCGCCCCGCCCAAUGAUUUACAUAUAUGUAGUUAGUUCCCAUUCAUUGUUAGAGGCCUCGGCCGAAUGUUGCUAGUGCAAAUAUCAAACAAAUAUACGAUAGAUAUAUUGAC